UACAUGACACCGCAGAGCUCGACCGAUUCUCUCUUUCCCGAACCGCAUUCCACUUGAUACUAAUAUAACCCUUUCCAUUCCUGUCCUGUUCCCUCCGCUUCCAAGACCCACACUUUCCUCGGUCGUGUCCUCCCUUGGACGAUCAUGCCAGACUCCGGACCCGAUGGCCAGGAUACCAGGCAGUCAGGGUCGACUCCCCUGCGCCGGGAGCGGGCCCCGACCAUCACGAUUGACACGUCGGCCGUGACCUCUUCUUCAAACGAUCAAAUCCAACCGCCGGUGCAAAUAUUACCUCUUCCGCCACAACCUUCGCUGCAGAUUUCGACUGACAAUGCCGAUACGCAUGACACCAGCGCUCUUUUGAACAGCGGCGGAGUCUCGCCUACCUCCCUUCGCUCGGCUGCUUCCUCCGAAGCCAGAGACUACGAAAGUCGACCGACGUCACCACACAACUUCUCUUCUCCCGCAUCGAAGAUGGCCGAUUCCAUGUCCAACUCGAAUUAUUUGGCUGUACCUGGAACAAGAUCUCGAGGGAACUCGUUGGAGUCGCAGGAUUCGAAUCAAUCGUCCAGUUCGUACGGUGGAGAUACAUACGCGCCGACUGCGUCGCAUGCAUCCAACACAGAUUUGACGCAGAACACGAUAGUCAACGAUGAGGAUGCCCUGAAGCCCGACCCGGGCCGAGAAGCUGAGUUCGAAGUGGAGGAUAAUAAAUUCGCCUUUUCGCCUGGCCAAUUGAAUAAGCUUCUGAAUCCGAAAAGCUUAGGGGCUUUGCAUGCUCUAGGCGGACUUCGAGGAAUCGAGAAAGGAUUGCGCACCGACGCUCGCAGUGGUUUAAGCUUAGACGAGGACGAAUUGGACGGUGCUGUGAGCUUUGAAGAUGCGACAGCUUCGCAGACGACCCAGGCCACGCCUAAGUCUUCUUCUCCGGCACCUCAGCGUCCCACGCCAACGGGAACCAGCUCCGCUAAACCCUCCGACAGUUCGUUCACAGAUCGCAUACGUGUCUAUGGGAAGAACAAGCUACCUGAAAGAAAGGCCAAAAGUUUCCUAGAGUUGGCAUGGAUUGCAUACAAUGACAAGGUGCUGAUUCUAUUGACAAUAGCUGCCAUCAUAUCGCUUGCGCUUGGCAUAUAUCAAUCUGUCACAGCCACCGGCGACGAGGCUCGCGUGCAAUGGGUUGAAGGCGUUGCAAUCAUUGUGGCUAUCCUGAUUGUUGUGAUUGUGGGUGCCGCAAAUGACUGGCAGAAGGAACGUCAAUUCGUCAAGCUGAACAAAAAGAAGGAUGACCGCCUUGUUAAGGUGAUUCGUUCCGGAAAGACAUCCGAGAUCUCAAUUCAUGAUGUUUUGGUAGGCGAUGUCAUGCAUCUGGAACCAGGUGAUAUGAUUCCGGUGGACGGAAUCUUUAUUGAUGGCCACAACGUCAAAUGCGAUGAAUCAUCUGCAACCGGCGAGUCGGACGUUCUCCGGAAGAUGCCUGCCCACGACGUAUUCCGCGCCAUCGAGCAACACGACAAUGUUUCGAAGCAUGACCCGUUCAUCGUCUCCGGUGCAAAGGUUUCUGAAGGUGUAGGCACGUUUCUGGUCACCGCUGUGGGUGUUAAUUCGACUUUCGGAAAAACAAUGAUGUCGCUCCAAGACGAGGGACAGACGACUCCGCUGCAGUCGAAGUUGAAUGUACUCGCUGAACACAUUGCCAAGCUUGGUCUCGCCUCUGGCCUGCUUCUGUUCGUUGUACUCUUCAUCAAGUUCCUCGCUCAGCUGAAAGAUAUGGAAGGCUCAUCCGAGAAGGGUCAGGCCUUCCUGCAAAUCUUCAUUGUUGCUGUGACUGUGAUUGUCGUUGCUGUUCCGGAAGGGUUACCACUGGCGGUCACUCUUGCGCUCGCCUUCGCCACGACCCGUAUGCUCAAGGACAACAACCUUGUUCGACUCUUGAGGGCAUGUGAAACUAUGGGCAACGCGACUACUAUCUGCUCCGAUAAAACAGGCACGUUGACAGAGAACAAGAUGACUGCUGUGGCUGCCACCCUGGGAAAGAAUCUUCGCUUUGGAGACAAAUCAUCAGGACCGGCUCUCCGUGCGGAUGAUGACCGAGGCCGUGACCCUGUGACCACCGUCUCUCCCUCAGAAUUUGCUUCCAGUCUUUCCGCGCCAGCCAAGGAUUUGUUGGUCAAAUCGAUCGUGCUUAACUCUACCGCGUUCGAAGGAGAGCAGGAUGGUACCGCGACUUUCGUCGGCUCUAAGACCGAGACAGCACUCUUGGGAUUUGCUCGGACGUACCUCGGGAUGGGUUCGGUCAGUGAAGCACGGGACAAUGCCACUAUUGCCCAGAUGGUGCCUUUCGAUUCUGAACGCAAGUGUAUGGCUGUGGUUGUCAAGAUGGAGAAUGGAAAGUACCGGAUGUUGGUCAAGGGUGCAUCGGAAAUACUGGUGGCCCGCUCGACUCGGAUUGUCCGUGAUGCUAGGCAAGAUCUCUCUGAGGUUUCUAUGUCUGAUGAGGACCGGUCUGUUUUGGACAAAGUCAUUGAUCAUUAUGCCUCACAUUCGUUACGGACCAUUGGUCUGGUCUACCGUGAUUUUGACCAGUGGCCUCCGCGAAGCGCAGCCACCCAGGAAGAAGAUCGUUCGCUUGCAGUCUUCGAUGCAGUCUUCAAGGAUAUGGUCAUUCUUGGCGUUUUCGGUAUCCAGGACCCUCUGCGUCCCGGUGUAACAGAAUCGGUGCAUCAAUGUCAACGCGCGGGCGUUUUCGUGCGGAUGGUGACUGGAGACAACAUCACAACGGCUAAGGCUAUUGCUCAGGAAUGUGGAAUCUUCACGCCAGGAGGAAUCGCCAUUGAGGGGCCUAAAUUCCGUCAACUGAGCAGUCGGCAGAUGACCCAAAUCAUCCCUCGCUUACAGGUACUAGCACGAUCGAGUCCCGAUGACAAAAAGAUCUUGGUUGCUCAACUCAAGAAGCUGGGUGAAACGGUUGCCGUGACAGGUGAUGGUACCAAUGAUGCACAGGCUCUCAAGACUGCCGAUGUUGGUUUCUCCAUGGGUAUCUCUGGCACUGAAGUCGCGAAGGAAGCUUCCGACAUUAUUCUCAUGGACGACAACUUUACCUCCAUCAUCAAGGCUAUGGCGUGGGGUAGGACUGUCAACGAUGCUGUCAAGAAGUUCUUGCAGUUCCAACUCACUGUCAACGUGACAGCGGUCCUUCUCACAUUCAUCUCGGCCGUCGCAAGCGGAGAGGAAGAGUCGGUUUUGACGGCGGUGCAGCUUCUCUGGGUCAACCUUAUCAUGGACACUUUCGCUGCUCUCGCUCUGGCAACGGAUCCCCCUUCUCCACACGUUCUCGACCGCAGACCCGAGCCUAAAUCGGCGCCUCUCAUCACUCCAACUAUGUGGAAGAUGAUCAUUGGACAGAGUAUUUAUCAAUUGGUUGUCACCCUAGUCUUGAACUUUGCCGGAAAUUCGAUCUUCCAUUAUCAUUCAGAGAAGGACACUUCGCAUAUGCAAACGGUCGUGUUCAACACGUUCGUAUGGAUGCAAAUUUUCAACCAGUGGAAUUCUCGCCGUCUUGAUAAUCACUUCAACAUUUUCGAGGGAAUGUUGCGAAAUGCAUGGUUCAUCGGAAUUCAAUUGAUCAUCAUUGGAGGACAGGUCCUGAUUAUCUUCGUGGGUGGUCAGGCAUUCUCAGUCCAGCGGCUCAAUGGCGCUCAGUGGGGUGUCUCUCUCGUCCUGGGAGUCAUUUCUCUUCCGGUCGGCGUGAUCAUUCGCUUGAUACCAGAUGCUCUCAUUGCCAAGCUCAUUCCAACCUUCUGGCACCGCAAGAAGGGACCUGAACUCUGGGUUUCCGACGAGGAUCGCCGCUUCGAGUGGAAUCCCGCCCUGGAAGAGAUCCGUGACCAGUUGAAGUUCCUCAAGACUGUUCGCGGAGGUCGUCUCCGGCACUUGAAGCACAAACUACAGCACCCCGAAGAACUCCUUCCCAGAUCGCGAAGCGGAUCACGGUCAUCCAGGUCCCGGGAAAACUCGAUUCCUGGAACACCUGUGGAGAACAACAGCGAUAGCACUCCGCCCAUACCGGCGACUCCGGAGUCUCGGUCAAGACGACGAACCCGGUCUCGCUCUAACUCAGCAUUUGGGCCGGCGGCUGCUAUGGCCGGUGUUGUGGCAGGCAGUAUUGCAGGCUGGUCUCCGAUUGAACGAACACAGGGAGAAGGAGAGCCUUUCAAGAUCCAGGCCGAUACACCUCACGGAGGUCUAGACAAGCAAAAUGGUAUCGAGAUUCACCCGGAUACCGCCGCGGAUGACCGGAUCUUGGGCAACUUCAAGGCCACCUCGAAGACACCUCCGAGCCAGAACCCCGAGCUGCUGCCACAUUUCGAUCAUGUUCCCCCUGAGCGUGCGCCAUCUAGCCGUAGCAGACGGUCUACGUCGCGCCAAUCGCAAUCCAGCCAAAGCCAUGUCUAAGCGUCUCGCGCUAUACCACUUAUGCAAUACUAGUUUCCGCGAUUCUAUUCUGUCCCAAUGACUUCGAUGCUCGGUUUAUUGCCGAAAAUGUAUACUUAUUUCCUUUUCCCCAUACCCGAUUCUCCUUCUCCACAUCGAAUUUGUCUCUUUCGCUAUCCUUGAACUUCUUUGAUCCACUCCUUUAG